CAAUUCAAGGCCCGUCUGCACGCAAUGGCUGGACUGGGGUUGCCGAAAUUCAGCCGAAAUGCAAACACCGUCCCGAGUCCAGGUGAUCUGAGCGACGUGGAACGUCUGGAGGACUUCCAGGAAGCGGACUUCAGAGGCAUGACGCUCUCGCUGAGUCAAGAAACGACCGACGCCGUAUCUCCGAUGCAGCCACCGGCAGACCAGCGCGGCGUCGAUGUUUCGUGCCUGGGCUCCAGCCGUUGUCGAGCAGACGCAGGCAGCCUGAAUGGGAAUUCUGGUAGCGCCGCUGAAAAUGUAUCCACCGCAUCAUCGUCGAGCAUUGCGCGGCAGUUUUCACGAGAGCUGUCAGAGGAAGAGACCAAGGAAUACUUCUCAGUGCGGGAAGGUGCCGUGGAGAAAGCAGCGGAGCAGUGUAGCCCAGUGCUUAUGAAACACCUUGACGGCGAGCUCAGGGGUGUCUGGCUGCUAACAGAAAUUGAUCACUGGGACACGGAGAAGGAGCGGCUGCUCUUCUUGACUGACUACAGCCUGAUCGUGCUCAAGUACGACUUCAUCACCCUCAAAUUGCUUGAGUACCGGCGGCUACACCUCAAGACUUUCGACGUGGUGCAAGUGGGCCUGCUCACGUAUCCCAACAAGUCAUUGAUGCCCCCUCGCAACCAGGAAGGUGUUCGUUGCAUCUGGGACCAAGGCAGCCAACUGCCUGUCCUCAAGGAAUGGAACCCGUGGUGUCGCGAGAUUCCCUGGGUGACGUUCACAUCUCACCACCUGCGAACCACCUCGAUGGGCGCUCCCACCACUGAUGUGGGCCUCUUCUCGCGCGCCCUGGCCGAGGCAGUGACGCAGCUGGAUGUCCCGCAGGCUCCUCCUGCGUCACUGGUGCGCUGCACCCCAUGCCGCGUCCUGUAUGAGCCCAUCGUCGUGUGCAGCUACCUGGGCGUGGCCGCGGCCUUCCACAACACCACCCAGCUGGGCUUCUUCAAGGCGCGCGGAAAGGUCAGCUUCUAAGCUCGGCCCCUUUUAUCUGCUCGGCCGUUCUCUGCUCUGCCUGCGUGGCCGGCGGAGCAGUGCCAUCACAUUCGACGGCAUGAAUGAAGGUGUGGAUAAUGGCUGCUGAGUGAGUGAAUGGAACUUUGUGUGUCAAGCCAUCACACCGCAUGGGAAUCUGAGCAUCUGAGUUUGGCCUCCAGUUGAGGGCAGUUUGCCAAACAGCUGUGCAGUGAAAGUGAACUCUGAUCACAUUCAAGCUGUUGAUGGUGAAACAAACUCCAUGCUGAGGUUUUCAGAAGGCAAGGAACUCUACAGAAGACAAGGAACAGUUGGUACUACAUUAGCAACAGUGUUCUUAAAGAACAAACAAUGACAGGACAGCAGAACAGGGGCUGAUCGACGCUUUGACCAUCAGAGUUUCUUGAUUCAUUACUGCGAAUUGAGAAGUUUACAAGAAGUUAUCACUACUGGAUAUCAAACAACCCACAAUAGGAUUGUCAAGAUUGUAGGAGCAGGUAGACAAAAAUUUAGUAGUGAUCUCCAGCGAUUCUCUCUGACUUGGUGUCUUGACAAUUCGAGGAUUUCAAGUGCCCUUCGCAAAAGGAAUGGGAUCAACCAGUGGGGACCAUCGGCAAGUGUUUUAUGUGUGUGCUAGACUGUGAAAGGGAUGAUAGUCGUCUUGCAGUCUCUUUGAAUUACCCGUCUACAUGGGAAGAUGUGGAGAUUAGGCUUGUGCGAAUAGUGAAUUUUAGGUUCAAAGCGAAGUCGAAAUGAAUAGCGAUUUCGGUCGAAUAAUUUCGAAUUGGAUUCGUAUAGUAAAUGCCACAUGUUAUAAAAGAAAAUGGGCAUACUUGUAACGACGUAACUUGCACACUAUAUAAAUUUUUAAAACUGAAAUGAGGCCUGUGCAAAUGGCCUUUUUUUUGUUCAAAGAAAGGGUAAAUAACUUUAAGUAGUAGCUGGAUUUCACUUUUGGUAGAAUGCAAGUGAUAACCUGUAAAAUGUGGAUCUUUUUAAUAUUCACUAUACUUGGAGCAUAUAAGCCGAUAUAACUAGCUCUUAAAUGUAAGGGUGAUAUAUUAAUUUAAUCUUGAAUUAAGGACUUUGCAGCAGUGUGCAUUUCCAAUUAAUAGGUGCUUUCAUGGCUUGGCACUUUUUUAUUGCAGUGAAACCAUCUUUACAAGAAGUUACUUGCAGAUUAAUAUACAUUCAAAUACAUGCUUUCACGGUUCAGCACCCCCUCCCCCCCCCCACUUCAGUGAAACCACUUUUACUGAGGUUACACAUGGAAGAUACACCUGUUCGUUUACUUACCAUAAUACUUUUAAGUUUUUAAUAAAUUAAAUUUAAUUUGAAGCAAGUUUGAACACUGAGCUUUAUUCGAAUAUUUCAAGCAUUUAAAUAUUCACACAAGGCUAGUUUGAAUACAUUCAUGUUGAAAUCUAAACAGACUGAAGCAUAUAGAUAUGUGCAACUUGCUGGGGAAUCUGUACGUAUCAAGCGUGGUCUAAUUGAGGCUAAAGUGGUAGCAAUGAUUCGAUGAUGGAAGUUUAGGUGAAAAUUUUGUGUGAUGGAAAUGACUAAAACUGCUCUGCCCAAGUCGGCCCGAAUGAUUACCUUCAGGUUGUGUUUCUUUUUAUUAUUGAAAAAGCGGGAACUGCCGUGUACCGUGCACGUGUUAUCAUUUGCGAAGCCACUUCUCAUUUCUCUGAUUUCUGAGUUCUCUGAUUGACGGUUGAGUGAACCUAAUUCGGCUAAUGCAAAGUAGCUUGUGUCGUUACAGGCAGGGUUGUGUGAAUUGAUGCUAUGCCAGAGGACUGUGGUACUGUAUUUUUGCGCGUAUAACCCGCCCCUGCAUAAAAUCCGCACCGCCACUUUCAGCUCA